CAUGAUUACAACAUGACAGACUCUCCAAAUGCCAAACACUCUCUUGAAUCCAGUCGCCAAUGUAGAAUAUGUUUAUCAGAGGAUGAUGACAAGGAAUUAUUGAUAUCACCUUGUAGCUGUAAAGGAUCGAUGUAAGCUUUUUCAUCUGAAAUCUCCCUUAUGCCGCCGCUGAACACCGUCGUCUAAAAAGUUGACCUCCGCCACCUUUUUCUAUACAAAGUAAAUAUGUUCACCCUAGUUGCCUAACAUCGUGGCGAAAGGCUUUGGUUCGACAUGGCCGUGGUCGAGACGCCGAUCGUUGCACGUUGUGCAAACGUCAACUCAACAUACGAGCAAGAGGAUGGGUAUCCUUCCUCGCCAACCAUAAAUUUACGCCAGUGGUUAUGACAGCAUUGGUUCUCUUCUUGAUAUUGAUUCCAGCAGGGUAUAUCAUGAAAGCCCUCGUGGUGAUGUCAAUUCGGUUCACGGACAGAUACGACAGUUCAACCAACAUGCUGUGGGACAAACCCAUCGACAUCAAUGCCGCGGACGUCAUGUCGCCCAAAUCCUAUCCUCUGUAUGCACCGUUUCCAGUAUGCAGCCCUUCAUCGAUUGAGGUAACAUCACACGCGUUGUUCAGCAGCCCAAUUGUCUAUUGGAUGCUCUUUCCUUUCUCCGACGACCGAUGUUGGCAUUUCAUCUUGUGCAAGCUGCAGCAUUUCCACCUUGGAUUUUUCUUAUUAGGCAGCGUUAAUAAUGUGUGGUUUACAUACAAGAUCCUAGGCGACAUGUUCGAUAUCAUUUUAGGCGAUACAGCGGAAGAAGGCGGUGUACGAUUGACUCGUGGCGCGCAACUGAUCAAGACUGGACUCCUCAUUUAUACUAGUAUGCUAGUGUGCAUCUUUUGGAUUCAUUUUAAUUUAUUUGCCUUUCGUGCUGAAGCAACCGAAAUGGGAACAGCGGCUUUUCGACUGAAAAACUUUUUAGCCGAAUUACCACUCUGGGGCCUUCGAUGGAUUACAUUGAGUGUGGCGGUUGGCGAGUUCGCGGUUCGCAGCCUUUAUCAGUGGCUAGGCAAAGCUUUAUACCGCGUCGAAGAUGAUGAAAUUCUUUCCAUAGACGAAGACCAAAUCUCUGCCACUCCAUUUCGGUGGCGGAGGCAGCCAUAACACGUCGAUGAGGCUUAUGCGUCGUUCGUAUAUCAAAACGUUUGUUGUCCGGCAUCCCAAAUAAAACCAUAAUUGCAAACUUUUUUUUUUCUGUAUUUGCCUUUUCAAGUGACAGUGAUUGACGCUCCGUUGACCGAAACAACGCGCUCGACAGGAAAGAAUACCGU